UUCUCCCACUCCAUCACCACAAUCACUACUACUUAGAGCAUCUGCAAAGCUCAGCUACACAUAUAUAUCCUGUCUUUCAUUCCCAGAUCGAUCAGAGGCAAUGGCGAAUCUUAGUUUGGUUAAGGUUGUUUGCGUUGCGGUGUUGUGCAUGGUUGUGGUUGCGCCCCACGCAGAGGCCGCCAUUACUUGCGGCACGGUGGCGAGUAGCUUAGUCUCUUGUUUCAAAUACAUCAAGGGCACUGAACCAUUGACCGCAGCCUGCUGCAAAGGCGUUAAGGAUCUCGCCGCCGCAGCUAAAACCACCGCCGACCGCCAGACCGCUUGCAACUGCCUCAAAUCCCUGGCCGGCAAACUCUCCGGAUUUAACCCUGGCCUCGCCGCCGGCGUCCCUGGAAAAUGCGGCGUCAACGUCGGCUAUCCCAUCAGCACCUCCACCGACUGCUCCAAGAUUCACUAGAACAGAUUAUGGGAGAGUGCAGGGUUUCUCAGACAGGCCAUUACAGAGAACUACGACGACCGGAAUAGUGACAUCAUCGUUAUUAUCAUAAGAAUAAUAUAUGCAGAGGAAUAAGAGGGGGAUCAUAUCUUUUUGUGAUCCCUGCAGCUAGGGCUCCGAUUUGUAGGAAACCAGCUUUCAACUAUGUUUUUUCUUCUUUUUUUUUUUUUUAAUGGUCUUUUGUUUUAAGUUUUAACGUUUUACGUAAGGUUGCUCUGUCUGGUUUGUACUGUGCCGCAAAUAUGAAUGGUGAUCAAUAUGUACUUCACUGCUAUUUAUAAUCUAUAUAUCUAUCAGAUUUAA